AUGUUCAGUUAUAGAGACCCAAGACAGCAGAGGCUCGUAGUGAUUGCCAAAGACAAUGGUGAUCCAGCUCUGUCUGCCACCGUCACCAUCAAGAUAUCAACAGUGGAACACGCCAUGCCUUUCUUAGAGACUACAGAGUUACCUCUUGAGUUUGAUGUCUUCACAGACCUAAACUUAUACUUGGUGAUCGGUUUGGGAGCUGUAUCGUUUCUGCUGCUGAUAACCAUCUUGGUGAUAAUCGUACUCAAGUGUCAAAAACCAAAGCCAAAGCCCAUGAAGAUCCCCUCGGCCAGUAGGAACAGUGUGAUCAGCAGAAACAGCAUGAUCAGCCAGAGAAGCUCCACCAUCGCAGAUUCCACCCUGAUCUCCAGCGAUGCCUACUGGUACAGCUUAUUCCUUGCUGAGACCAGAAAGGACCACAGACUCCAGAGCAUCGACACUAGAGUACUCAAAAUGAAAGGAAGUCCAUUCUUCAACUGGAGCAGGAGCCUAGGAGAAAGCUGCGGUGAUAUAACCAUCUCCUCACAAGAGACUGAAUGAAACUCUCCUGAGACUCACAAAGAAGAUGUAAAACAGUUGUCCUCCCUCGGCCACUCCACCACAGCUCUUGUUCUUUCUGGUUCUGUCAGUCCAACACACAGGCGUCGACCACAAAUCGCCUCAACUGCUACCAUCGUUAUUCUUUAAGCAUGAUACUGCAUGAUUCUACAAGUAUUCGGACAACGAAUCCUUCCCAGCAGGAUGUCCAGUCCUCAUUGAAUAGGCGUCAUAUUGUAACUCAUUCCUUGCUUAACUCUUCUAACCUUUUCAGUGGACAACUCUGUCCUCUCUCCAGGGAUUAUGCUGUACUAUAGCUGUAGAAGCCAUCAGUGUUUCACACUAUACUUAAGUUACUGUCAUGCUACUGUUUUUCCUUCUUUUUUUUUAUGCUGGAGCUUCAAACACGCCUAUGAAUCAGGGAGAAUACGUUACUUCCAUGGAUCGUAUUUUUAUUAACUCCGGCCUGGAACUUGGUGUUUUUGUUUUUCAACAUCUGAGUUUUUCUGUGUCGUAAGGCUCAGUGCGUUACUUUAUAACUUUUAAGAACAUUGUUUUGCUCAACAGGAUCUGAAUGUCCGAAUGAAAAUGAAAAAAAAAGAAUGAAUGAAAUCUGUAAAAUUGUAAAAACAAACCAAAAAAAAAUUAGAAGACGUAUUGUUUCUAUUCCUAUUUGAUUGUAGACGGUGUAUGUGUGGUUAUAUAGGAGAUGUAAUGAGGUCAGAAGAGCAUAAAACAUUUGUUUGAUAUGCUCUUUAAAAUGAAAUGUUAUUAAUCAGAUCACAGUUUAGUAUGAAGUUGAAUACAGUCGGUUUGUCUCUGCCUGGGAAAUAUAUAACUGUAAAAAACAUCAUGAAAAAAGGGGGUCAAACACCAUUUAUACUGUCUUUUUUUCCUUUCCCUAAAAGUCAACCAUUCUAAACAGAUCUGCUUUCAAUCGUUACAUAAAUAUAAGAUAAAAAAAUAAAAUCCAUUAACAUAAGUACAGGGAAGAUUUUUGAAAAAGUUUAUAAUUACAAAAGUAAGAAUAUCAAAAUCUACUUGUCUUUGCCAGGGUACAAUAGGAAAUAAGGCACAGACAAGGUGUUGUUUUAUUAAUAUUCAUGUUUUUAUAUAGAUUUUAUGUAUUAUCUCUUAUUGCUGCUUUUGUGAGCUUCUUUAAGGGCAUUUUGUGUUGCAUAUUUGUAGUGUAGUGCAUAUGGUGUAGUUUUGGUAUAGUACUUAAUUGAAAAAAAAAAGGAACAAGAACACUUUUCUCAAACUCAAAAGUAGUGUUGCUACAUUGCUGUUAAAGCCAGGACUUUGAUUGGUGAAAACAAGGAGUUUAUAGAGGCCACUCUUUAGGAUGCUAAAUGAUAAAAUGCAACAGCAUGAGGUGAGAAGAUUGGAUUAUGAGAAGAACAUAGUGUUAAUUAUAACUGCAGCACUUCAGUGCUGACUCUGCAGGCAGUGCAUGCAAUGUAUUAAGCAGAUGACAGCACUUUGAAUUUGGGAUAUGCACUGAAUCUAAAUGUGAUCACAGCACUCCCUCUGUUAUGCAGAGUGGAGAGAAUAUUUCUGGAAGUAUCCAUCUCCAUACUCUGAGUCAGUGAAAUUUAACCUCCCCUUUUUCUCCUCUCUUACUCUCUCAAUCUCCCCACCUUUGAAAGCAUCGGGCAGGGGUUUCUUUCAAGCUGAGGAUGUUACGUGAUGAGGGAUGUCUUUCUGUCUUGUACAUGAAAUUCUGUAUGUGCAAUCAUCACCAAAGCUGAGCGAUUCCAACAGUGUUAUAGAGGUAUAUAAUUGCACAUAUGAUGAGCUCUAUGCGUGCCUUCUGUAUUGUAAAAGAUGACUGUUGAAGACUGAAAUAUCGGCAUUUCUAAUAGUAUAAUAAAUUACAGUUACUCCCAUGAUACAGUAUCCUAAACUGCUUGUUCGGUAGGGACAGCUUAUGGAUUCAGAUGUAGGCGUAUCUAUUGUAAAUUGAACCGAUUUAUACUUUGUGUUUUUAUACAGUUGACUUUUUUUAUAUCUUCUGUAUUCACUGUGAUUGAAUGGCACAGGAAGUGCUUGUGCUCAGUGUUUUAAGGGUUUUGCUAUUUCUCAUUUGUGUACACUGCUCAUUUUCUUUUCCGCAGCUACCUUGCCAAUCAAAGUGUACAGUAGGCUUCCAGAGUCGCAUCAAAUGACCUCCAGUUACAUCCCACUUCGCAGAUUAAAAGACAGUAUGGGUGAGAAUGGUCUCGUUUUACUUUCAUGUCUUGUAACUGACAGAUUUUGAUGUUGCUUAUUUGGCUUAAAUGUAUUGCUUGAUUAUACUAGUUUGAA